ACAGCGGCAGCUUCCUGUACUCCACCCACCGUCGCUCCAGCCGCUCGCCCUGUUUUUUUUUUUUCUCGGUUACUAGGAUGAUGGGAGUGGAGGCGCUCCCGUUUCCACGUUGAGGCGUUCACGCUUGAUUCGGCCCUCCUGCGAUGCAUUCACUGUCCGGGGAGAUCCAGGGCUUCUCCAAAAGCCGCCUGAGGAAACAGUGCACCCGCGUCACCACGGUGACGGGCAGGAAGCUGUUGGAGAGGACCACUGAUGGCGGCACACAGGUGGAGGAGCUGGAGGACGCAAACGGAUGCGGAUUUGUGGAGGAUAAAAGUCUGGACCUUCAAGUUGGAGUGGUUCGACCCUUCUUACUGCUGGCUUCUCAGGAUGCGGCCCACGACAUGGACACCUUGCAGAGAUACCGGGUGUCGCACGUGCUCAACGUGGCCUACGGAGUGGCCAACGCCUUCCCCGAUCGGCUGCUCUACAAGACCGUCCAGAUCCUGGACCUCCCGGAAACCGACAUCACUUCAUACGUGAACGAGUGCGGCUCCUUUAUCGAGCGCGCCCGGGAACAGGAUGGCGUGGUCCUGGUUCACUGCAACGCCGGCGUGUCGCGCUCCCCCUCCAUCGUCACGGCCUACUUGAUGUGGCGAGAAGGGCUUACGUUCGACGAGGCCUUCCGGCAGGUCAAGCUGGCCAGGCCUUCCAGUCGACCCAACUCGGGAUUCUACCGCCAGUUGCAGAACUACAGACCAUGAGACCCCGCCCCGUGUUCACUUUCCACCCCCCCCUCAGGGUGUGUGUGGUUUUUUUUUAAAGUCCUACGGCGCCAAUUCACCAAUUCAAAGUUGCCCUUUCCUGUACGUUUGGAUAACAAGUGAAGCCCUCAUGAGCAAGCGCUAGGGGAGCCCAUGGGGGGGGGUCAAGUCAAGUCAAGUCAAGUCAAAGGUCAGACUGGGCUUCUCCAACUUUUUGGGUUCAGGGAGCCCAUUAGGGGAGACAAUUUAAGAAGACCCCCCCCCCCUCCACCGCCCCUGAUAACAUUAAUGGCCAUCAAACCCUAUGUGCUGUACCCCCAAAAGGCCCUGAAGUCGCCUAUUUUCAAGAAAAACAUUUUAGUGCCAUGAUGGGGAAAUUUUAUUAUUAUUUUUUUAUUAAGGGAAAAGUUGUGCUGUAAUGAAAAUAAAGUGACAUUUUUUCCCCCCCCCUAAGAAAAAAAAAUGCGCAGCCUGUACGUGCGGGUGCGGGUGCAUGUGUGCCAGAAACACAGAAAGCAUCUCCCAAUGAGAGAUGCUGGUAAGAUUAUCAUCUCAAAUAGACAUCUUCUCUUGU